GUUAUUACACCCUUUACUCCCAGUUCUUCCCCUCCCAUUCUCAAACCCUAACCGACGAAUUCAAAACCUCCAUAAAAACUUGUAGUUUUAUUCUCUUUCGAACCAAAAAAGAGAGAGAGAAUGAAGGGCUGGACGAAUCUAGGAGUUGUGGAUACGAUAUAUGAAGAGGAAGACAAUGGCUACUCUUCAUCUUCAUCUUCUUCUUCUUCGUCUCUUUCACUUCAACGUAUAGAUCUCUCCUCUCCUUCCCCUCCUCUUAAAUCCAGACUCCAGGAAAUAUGGUCAUUGGCUAGGGAUUCUGCGCCGGAUGUGCUUGUACAUGUGAAAGGAACAAGCUUCCAUCUGCACAAGGAUCCUCUGUCCAAAAGAAGUGGGUAUUUAAGACGCCACCUAACGGGCGUCUCAGAAUUAACUCUCUCCCCGCCGUUAAACGUAACGGCCAAGACGUUCUCUUUAGUGGCAGAUUUCUGUUACGGCGCGCAUGUCCAGUUAACGCCGUUAAACCUCACUUCCCUGAGAGUUGCUGCCGAGCAGCUUCUGAUGACGGAGAACGACGGAGACGGUCGGGAGAACCUCAUGCAGAUAACGGAGUCGUACUUUCGGCGAGUCGUAUCCGUAAGCGUAGAUCACACGCGCGUUGUUCUCCGUUCCUGCCUUCUUAUGCUUCCUGAGUCGGAAACUACGGCGUUUCUGCUCGGCCGGUGCAUCGAAGCGUUGACUUUGACGGAAGACGGAGACGGCAUAGACGAUUUCCUCGGUGAUGCCGUUAGACUUGACGCCGGUGAUUUCGUGAUCGUCGCCCAGGCCGUGCGGCGGCGGUUCCCGCGCCACGACUUGCUAUACAGGAUCGUCGAAGCUUACGUGAAGGAGCAAGACGGAAAGAUAACGGAGGAAGAGAAGGUUCUGGUAUGCAGUGCGAUAGACUGCGGCAAGCUCUCGCCGCCGUUACUCCUCCACGCGGUCCAAAACCCGAUAAUGCCCCUGAGGUUCAUCGUACGCGCCAUGCUUCAGGAGCAGCUCAACACGCGCCGCUCGAUUCUAGCCGACGCUGGUGGAAACCGGCAGAGCGCCGCCGCGAGAAGCUCCUCCGUAACGCUCGGCUCGAUUCUCCAGAGAGACUCCGCGGCGCGGCAAACUGCUAGGCUCAGAGCCACGAUGGAGUCCACCAGCUCGAGAAUAGAGAGCCUGGAGAAAGAGCUCAACGCCAUGAGGAAGAUCAUCUCCGAAGAAUCCGAGAUGCAGAGAUCGGGUGGGAUCGGGUCGAGAAGCGUGCUGGAUUCCGGUCGAUCGGCGAGCUUCCAUUGCGUUUUCCCGCCAAGUGAGGGAAAGAUAGAGAGAGGAGAGAGAGGAUCAGCGUCGUCGCUCGGCACGACAUUCAGGAGAGGAGGCGGACACAGCGGCACGAGAGCGGUGGCUCCGUCGUCUUCCUCCGCCGGAUCGGCCGCCGGGAAAAGCAGCGGUAAAAGAAAUAUUGGGAGAAAGCUGAUAAAUGGAAUAAAAAGUGCUUUAUGGCGAUCCAAACCAACUCCGCAUAAAAGCCCCUCCAUCAUAGACGACAUUUACGAUGAUUUGGAGGAUUUCGUCUGCAUCAAGAAUGAUAACUCGCAUUUGUAAUUCAUUUCAUUACAGUUUAUUACAAAAUUCCAAAAUCA